UUCAUAUGACACUUCUGACAUUAAAAUUCGUAGGUUAGAAUUAUAUUUACAUGAUUAAAAUAUUUAAAAAAAUAUUCGUAAUAUAAGAAAAUGUUUACAAUUCUAAGAAAUACCUUAAGGCUUUCUAUAAACAAUCUAGUUCGACCUUUUAAUACAACAACACCUACAGCUACUGAAAAAUUUGACCAUAAAAGAAUUCCCGCAGACGACGAGGGAGUGCAGGGAGAGAAGAUUGUUGAUAUAGAUUCAGUUUUACAAACAAAACAAAAUUUAUUCCCAACGGCAGAUUCGGAUAAUCUUCUUUUUGAUGGGGUACCCUACAAAGACCUGGCAAUAUGUAACGUCAGAGUGAGUCACAACAACACCAUCUUCACAAUUACUGAUGCUGAAGGGAAAGUUAAGCUUCUACGAUCCUGUGGUAUUGAAGGUUUCAAAAACACUAAAAAAGGCACCAACAUCGCUGCUCAGACGACUGCUAUUAACAUAGCCAAUAAAGCGAUCGAAAAGGGAUUUAGAACCAUAAGAGUUCGAGUGAGAGGCCUGGGACCGGGGAGAUUGUCAGCGGUCAAAGGAUUACAGAUGGGAGGACUUCAAAUAGUCUCUGUGACAGAUAAUACAAGGGUGUCAUGGAACCCACCGCGACCCCGCAAGGCGAAACGAUUGUAGAUUAAACAUAAUUGUACUGUUACCUUAUAGUUAAGUAGAAAAUAAAACAUUAAAUAAAAACUA